AUGGUCGGCCAACGAAAAGCCCGGGCCGGCCAAUUGCCCAGCCCUGCAUACAACGAAAAAUCGGAACUUGAGGAAGUUAAUAAAAAGGCAUGGACCUUUUAAGAAUCAUGCCGCAUGGUUCUUAAAAAUUGUUUUAAUUUUAACGCUUUAUUUUCAGGCGUUCAACUCGUCAAUUGAAGAUACAGAAACACUUGGAAAGACAGACUUGGAAACGUUUGACAAGGGUCUAGAACUUGAUGCCAACGAUUAUGUGACGAAAAGAGUUGACAAGCACAUGAACUCGACCGAACGCGUUCGUAGUAAAGUGUUUAUUUGAAAAACAAUUUAAGUCCUGCUCAGCUUGACGAUGAAGACCUUGUUGUUCUCGAACAUUUUAAGAAAACCGGAGAUAGCCAAGAAGAAGAAGAGCUUCACCAAAAGAAUGAAACUGUUCUCGGGAUCGAUACUUUUGGAGCACAAGGAAUUUGA